ACAGACUUUUUCCCAGGUACCGACCUUGAUUCCGCCCUCCUUACAGCCUUCAAGCUUUUGCAUGGCUCAUCUCUGCUUCGUAUUUAUCUCAUUUUCGGCGCUGCGGACGUCUGAGCAGGCAGCUUGUUCAGCGACAAAGUCGUCCCCACAGAUCUGCCGCACAGCCCAUAUGUGUCCGACUAUGCAAUGAGUGGGGAUACAGCAAACUGCAGGGCGACUAUCUCCCAUACGUCUUCAAUGUAUACAAGUGCCACAUAUUUGAAGUCUUAUGAACGGGUUCUCUCAUGUUGUCAACUGCUUCUUCACCGACACACGGCAAUGAAAUUUUUUCAAUGGCAUCAUAUUUUUCUGCCACAUGAUCAUGUUCUUUUACCAAGUUCCUUCAUGCAUCAAUACUCGUAUGGAGAACUUCAAUCAACAUUCUUGAUCAAUUGGAGCAUGAUAUUGCAACAAUACCUGACAGUCGCUGCUCGAGGUAGAGGGAGUAGCGGGCUGUUAACUCAGCGCUCCUCAAGCUGCCUGGACCCGGUGACCUCUUUGCUGAGUGAUCAUACAAUUGGUGACAAAUGCUUACUCAUCCGCACACCGUCUGUAUCGGACUCCACCUGCUUGUUCCAAUCUUAUAAGGCCUCUCGCGUUGACUCUACUCUUGUUACCAUCGUCGUUCCUCCUAACAACAUCGAUAACCCCUAUACUACAGUAAACAUGAGUCAGUGGCCAUCUCUUUUAGCAGGGUAUGAAGGUGCAGAACCCCUUCCAACCACGAUCAAUCCUGACGGGAAAUCCCUGCACAACCCACCUGGUCCUCGCUCAGCCUCCUAUGACGAAUUCCCGAAACAAUUUAAUCCGUCUAAGAAUGGUUUCGACUUCCACAUUUAUUACAUGCCCGCUGUGGCUGCUCAGGCGCAAUAUGCGAAAGAACUACACGAGCGUGUAAGGAGGGAGUUUCCAGAGUUGCGGAUAUAUAGGCUCUGGGAUAAACCAGUCGGUCCCCACCCUACCGCCAUGUUCGAGGUAAAUACAUUCAGUCCCCACCAGACGGGAGCAUUAUUUUCGUGGCUUGUCGUUAAUCGGGGACCUUGCGACGUUCUCGUCCACCCGAACACUGGCGAUGCACUCAGAGAUCACACAGAGCUGGCGACGUGGAUCGGAAAGACAUGGCCAUUGUAUGAGGAAUGUCUUCGCCCUACUCCAAGUUGAAGAAAAUCAGAGCAUCCUCUACGAAGAUCCUCCGUCCUCUGUAUCAUCAGUCUUCCAGCAGCAAGGCACUGCUUGUUUAUGUACACUAGAUAUACUAUAUCAUGGCUUACUGCGACGUUUGGUGAUAUAUCCGUAACGCUGCGGCUCAGUUUCUUGGCCGGGUCUGCAGUUGUUCGCUGUUCUGCGGCCUGCAAAUUCAAUCCACUUUCAUAAACGUUUAA